AUGUGUCACGACUCUCAUCCAGCAAAGGAGUUCGGCCCUGAGCCGCUGGCUAUCGUAGGCAUGGCGCUGCGUCUUCCCGGGGGCGUCAACACACCGGAGGACUUCUGGGACUUCCUCCUGAACAAGCAAAAUGGUCACGGCCAGGUCCCUGGGUCCCGGUACAACAUCGACGCCUUCCACCAUCCCUCGCGGACGGGUUCUGUGCGGACGAAGGACGGAUACUUUCUCCCCGAGGAUCCAGCCUAUUUCGACCACCAGUUCUUCUCGCUGACCCCGUUUGAAGCCUCUCGACUCGACCCCCAACAGCGUCUCCUGCUCGAGGUCAUCUACGAGUGCAUGGAAUCCGGUGGGCAGGUGGGGUGGCGUGGUCAAGGGAGGAAGAUUGGCUGCUUUGUCGGUGUUUUCGGCGAGGAUUGGUACGACAUGCAGUCCAAGGACACGCAGAGAAUCGACCGGUUACAUGUGCUCGGAACAGGAUACUUCGCGCUCUCGAAUCGCAUCUCCUAUGAGUUCGACCUCACAGGGCCGAGCAUGACAUUGGCGACGGGAUGCUCGUCGUCCAUGGUGGGGCUGCAUGAAGCCUGCCAGGCAAUAUUAUCUGGAGAUUGCGAGUCAGCAAUUGUGGCUGGCACGAACCUCAUCCUGACUCCGACCAUGACCACAACGAUGUCCGACAACCUGGUGCUAUCGCCCAGCGGUAUUUGCCGUACCUUCGACGCUGGAGCUGAUGGCUACGGUAGGGCAGAGGGAGUGAAUGCACUGUAUAUAAAGCGUCUUGCUGAUGCCGUCCGCGAUGAAGACCCCAUCCGCGCGGUCAUCCGCGCCACAGCGACCAACUGCGAUGGACGGACUCCAGGAAUCACUACGCCCGGCUCAGUCACGCAGAUGGCGCUUGUUAGAGAAGCGUACAAGCGCGCGCAGAUCCAGAAAAUCACAGACACAGGUUUCUUUGAGUGCCACGGCACGGGCACAGUCGCUGGAGAUACUGCGGAGACAUCGGUGGUUGGGGAGCUUUUCCGUGAAUCUGGCGUCAUUAUCGGUUCGGUGAAACCCAAUAUGGGCCACUCAGAGGGCGCAUCGGGAAUUACGAGCAUAGUAAAGACUGCUCUGGCACUUGAACAUCGCACCAUCCCGCCGAACAUCUUCUUCAGGUCCCCCAAUCCGAGUAUACCCUUCGAAGAGUGCAAGCUAGUCGUACCAGUCGAUUCUAUCCCAUGGCCAGCGCAUAAAAAACUCCGGGCUAGUGUCAACUGCUUCGGUAUCGGAGGCGCUAAUGCGCAUGCUAUUCUAGAGCCAGCCCCAACAUCUUGUCGACAGACUCAAUUUUUAGAUGCCCGGUCUCCCCAUAAAACGACAAAAAGGUUGCUAGUAUUGUCCGCAGCUAGUGCACAAGCUCUUUCCGAACGCGCCCGAAGCUUGGAGGGGUUUUUGGCGAACAAAAGCCAGGAUUUGAAUGAUGUUGCCCACACCCUUGGAGUAAGAAGAGAGCAUCUGAAGUACCGCACAUUCGCGAUUGUCUCUUCCGAUACCGAGGUUGGCUUGCAAGAAUUGCCCCUGGAGGCUUCGCCGUCUCCUGAAGUCACUUUAGUGUUCACGGGUCAAGGCGCACAAUGGGCGGGAAUGGCUCGCGAGUUGCUCGAAAAUAGUGAAGACUUCAAAAGUGACGUCCAACACAUGGAUAAUGUGUUGAGAUCUGCAAAGCCUCCUCCGUCCUGGUCGAUAGCAGAGACCCUGCUAGCCCCAGAGGCGCAAUCAAAGAUUCACGAUCCACGUCUCUCUCAGCCUGUUUGCACGGCGAUACAAAUCGCAAUAACCAACCAACUUAGAGAUUGGGGAUUCAAAGUUUCGAGUGUGAUAGGACAUUCCAGCGGUGAGAUCGCGGCAGCUUACGCGGCUGGAGCCAUCUCGCUUCGCAGCGCAAUAAUGAUUGCCUAUCAUCGUGGAAGGUUGGCCCAGAAUGUGAGCGAUGGAUCUAUGGCUGCAGUUGGUCUCUCGCGCAAGGAAGUCGAGCCUUGGUUGGCAGAAGGAGCUGUAAUAGCCUGCGAGAACAGUCCUCAGAGCAUCACAAUCUCAGGCGACACAAAGGCGGUUCAUUCGACCAUCGACGCAAUUCGUAGCGCGUAUCCAGACGCAUUCUGCCGGACUCUCAAGGUCACCAAGGCCUAUCACUCUCCAAAGAUGCAGCCCAUGGCCGCGGACUAUGCCGCUGCUAUUGCUCCCGAAGCUGAGAGAGUCGGCACACAUAUGCUACCGAUGUAUUCCACUGUGCUCGGUGAGGUAAUCAAUGAUCCCGCUAGGCUAGAUAGUGAGUACUGGAGCCGUAACCUGAUCUCCACCGUCGAGUUCAACAAGGCGAUGAAGGACAUGCUCCGGUCCCAGCCCGACCAUGAUCGACUUUUCAUAGAGGUCGGACCUCAUAGUGCGCUUCAGGGACCGCUGCGUCAGAUAUUUGACUCGACAAAAUUCAAGGGACAGAAUUGGUACAUUCCGACAUUGGUACGGGCUGUGAGUGCAGAGGAUGCCCUGCUUCGUGCAGCUGGACUGGCCUAUAGCCGAGGGGCUGAGAUCGACCUUUUGCGCAUCAACGGCCCCGGAAAGGUUGUUGACUGCCUGCCAAGGUAUCCAUGGCAACAUCUCGAGCGGCACUGGAGCGAAAGUCGCCUGAGCGAGAGCUGGCGACAGCGCGAGUUUCCUCACCAUGAGCUCCUCGGAUCCAGAGUACUCGAGUCAAGCUCUCUAGAGCCUUCGUGGAGAAAUGUGCUCCAAAUCCACAAUUGCACCUGGUUAGGGCAUCACAAGCUAUUCCGAGAUACUGUUUUCCCUUGCGCCGGAUAUAUAGCGAUGGUCGGGGAAGCCAUCCGACAGCAUUGUCACUGUGAGGGAUAUGAGAUCCGCAACAUGAUCCUCAAGAAGCCACUGUUCCUCCAGGAAACAAGCGGCACCGAGGUCCUCACGUCUCUGAAGCCCGAGAGAUUGAGCGAUAUUGCUGACUCCGAAUGGUUUGACUUUACUGUUCUUGCCUUAGAUGGAACUGAGUGGGGCAAGUACUGCCAUGGUCAAAUACGGGCUAUUUCUCCGACAGCAAUACCGAAAGUCAGCAAACAGCCCCGCUGGACGCGGGAAGUGGAGCCCGCGGAUUGGUAUCAGUUCCUGGCUCGCCUGGGGCUGAAUUAUGGGACGAGCUUCCAGCGAAUGAAGGAGAUAUCGGUCGAUCCGGUGGAGCAUCUGGCGAAUGCAACUGUGCUCGAGAGCAAUAGCGACUAUGAAGGCGACUACCUGGUACAUCCAACGGUAAUUGACCACUGCCUUCAACUAUUGUCAGUUGCUGUGGUCAAUGGAAUUCGGAGACAUGCCACCUCGUUGGCCAUCCCGGCCUCCAUCGACCGGAUCAGCAUCGUGCGGACUGAAGGAGAUAUGUGGAUACAAACUGAUACAUGCAGCGCCCUGUCAUCGACCAGCAUGUCCGGAAAUGUCACUAUGCUUAGCGAGGCGGGACCAGCACUGGUGAUCAUCGGAGCGACUUGUAUUUCUCUCGCCAAUGAUGAGCCAGAUAAUGAGAGCCCAAUCCCUCUCAUGUCCCAGUUGGAAUGGGCGCCGUGCAUUGACCUCAUCUCGCCGGCAGAGUGGCUGCGUCCCAAGUGGGAGGAAAGGGGUGUGUCCCUGAUGGCAGAACUGACAUGUUUCUACAUCUUAGAAACCACAUCCCAGAUUGCAGGCUUGGUACCCGCGACUACACACCUGGCAAGGUAUCAGUCAUGGCUGAUGAGAACGCACGAUCAACUCACCAAUAGAACAACGCAAACAUUUCUCCAGAUUCCUUGGCAAGACAUGACCAGUAAUGAACGACAUGGUCAAGCCGCCAAAAUUCAAGAGCAGCUCACGCUGCUAGGACGAGGUGUUGACAGGCUAGGAGAAGUCUUGAGACGAGUAUCUGAGAAUGCAAGCCAGAUUAUACAGGGCCACGUUGCUCCACUUGAGAUUCUGUCCAUGGAUGUCUUGCGAGAUGUGUAUGACUUCAAUAGCUCACUCUCGGACUGGAGGUCAUUCUUGUCUCUAGUCGGCCACUGGAACCCUCGGCUCAGAAUUCUCGAGAUUGGAGCUGGCACAGGGGCCACCUGCGCACAGGUGAUUGCUUCGUUGCGAUCGAAGGGUGGAGAGAGAACAUGGGCCAGUUACACCUUCACUGACAUAUCGCCGGCUUUCUUUUCAACUGCAGCAGAACGAUUCAGCGAGCACGAGAAUAUUGCGUUCCAGACACUUGAUAUCACUCAAGAUCCUCUCCAGCAGGGAUUCACUUCGGCUUCAUACGACCUGAUAAUCAUCUCUAAUGUCAUCCAUGCCACACCUUCACUCCGCGGUGCAUUAAAGAAUGUUUAUAAGCUCAUGGCUCCCGCAGGAUACCUUGUGCUCCAAGAGCUCUGUCCCGGUGACGAUGGACGACAACUGUCUCCGUACGUCAAGCCGGAGCGAUGGCACAACGAGCUUCUGCAAGCGGGGUUCACUGGUGCAAUGUGCGUGGCGCUAGACAACAAGCCUCCAUACCAGCAGAAUGCCAACAUAAUCUCGCGUCGACCCGCCGAGUAUAUGCCGGCACAGAAGGUUACCCUCGUCUCGGUCAGCGCCGAAAGUACUAUCUCAUGGGAGAAAAGGCUGGAGGAAAAACUUUUGGAACAGGGCUACCACGUAGAUUGGGCCACACUGCAUGCACUACCUGCGAACACAGAAUGUCUCAUCUCUCUCCUCGAUCUGCAUGCGCCUGGAUUGCAUGACAUGGACGAGGCCCGGUUCGAGCAGAUGAAAAAUCUGUUCUCGAUGAGUUCUAAUAUGCCGCUCAUUCAUCUAACGCGCAGUGUGCAAACCACCUGUCAUGAUCCUAGGUUGGGUCUGGCCCUAGGUUUUUCCCGAACUCUGCGAAGGGAGAUAGUUGGAAAGAUCGUCACAGUUGAGCUUGAUGCAUUGAAUGAGGGAACUUGUCGAGCGGUCGUUGAUAUAUACCACCGGACACGACAGAAGGUCCCGAAGGAGACUCUGAUAGACGACGAAUAUGUGGUUCGAAAUGGCCAGGUCUAUACUAGCCGAGUUCACUGGCACACGCUCAGAGAUCAACUGCAAGAAGAGCCUAAGUUGGAGGCACCACGCUGCUUGUCUAUUCAACGUUAUGGGCUUGUUGAUAGCCUAAAUUGGAAAGCUAUUCCAGAUGCAAAGCCGGUGCUUGAGCCUACAGAGCUUGAGAUAGAUGUCCAUUACGUUGGACUGAACUUUCGGGAUCUCAUGGUUACUCUGGGUGUCAUGGGCGAUGCAAGUGAGCUCGGGAUCGAAGCAAGUGCUACCGUGCGCAGAGUCGGUGACAAGGUCACGCGGCUUAAAGCUGGGGACCGGGUAGUAGUCUGUGGUAAGGGUCUGUUUCGAACACGGGCGCAUUUUCAGGAGCACGAAUGUACCAAGAUUCCUCCUGGGCUGUCUUUAGAGGACGCGGCGGCGGUCUCAGCGGUAUAUGCGACAGCGUUCUACGCCUUGAUUACUGUCGGUCAGUUACAGCCAGGCCAGACUGUUCUCAUCCAUUGUGCCACCGGGGGUGUGGGCUUGGCCGCCAUUCACAUAUGCCAGGAAAUCGGCGCAACCAUUUACGCCACUGCAGGCUUGCCUGAAAAACGUGGCUAUCUGCAUACCGAGUAUGGGAUUCCCGCGGAGAACAUUUUCACCUCUCGAGACGAUUCAUUCCGUCAAGGUGUCAUGAGCAGAACAGCCGGAGCAGGGGUAGAUUUGGUUUUAAACUCACUGGCUGGAAGCCUGCUUCAUGCAUCGUGGCAGUGUGUUGCCAAGUUUGGAAAAAUGAUCGAGCUAGGAAAGCGAGACUUUCUGGCGCGUGGAAGCUUGAGCAUGGAUCUUUUCAUUGGCAAUAGGUCUUUUUUUGGCGUUGACAUGUUGGGCAUCAUGGCAGAACAGCCUAGGCUGUCACAGCGAUUGAUGAACCAAUUUGUCGAGUGGUACAAGGACAAUAGAGUACGACCAAUCCGACCGCUUCGCCUGUUCGCAGCCAGCGAGGUAGCUGAGGCUUUCAAGUAUAUGCAAAGUGGCAACCAUAUGGGCAAAAUCGUGGUCAAGAUGCCGACAGUGGGGGACGGAUUAUGCACGAGUCCAGUCAAAAUACCUAUGAGUCUAUCGGCAGACAAAUCGUACUUGCUGGCUGGUGGACUAGGUGGCAUUGGACGCGCCGUGGCGACUUGGCUUGUCGAAAAAGGAGCUCGCCACUUGAUCUUCCUCUCACGAUCGGCUGGUCGGCGGGCUGAUCAUGAACGGUUCGUUUGCGAGCUAGCACGGCAGGGCUGCGGAGUCGAGAUGGUUUCCGGAGACGUUGCUCGGCUGCAGGAUGUCGAGGUGGCUCUUUCAAAGGCAGCCGGACGAGCAAUUGGAGGGGUAAUUCAGAUGUCCAUGGUGCUUCAGGAUGAGAGCUUAGCUAAGAUGACGCAUAGUCAUUGGCUGCAAACUAUUAGACCCAAGGUCGAUGGCACAUACAACUUGCAUUGGGCGUUAGAGGCGCACGAAUCCAGCCUCGACUUUUUUGUUCUGUUUAGUUCUAUGUCCAGCGUGGUUGGCACAGUCGGACAAUCGAACUACGCAGCAGCAAACUCUUUCCUCGAUGCAUUCGUACUUUAUCGUCGCCAACUAGGCGGCAUCGCGUCGGUGCUAAACCUGGGCGUGGUGGAGGACAUCGGAUGCGUGCAUCAGGACCAGGCCACAUUGAACCGGGUCAGGUCAACCGGAGCGCGUCUCCUACGUGAGGAAGAUGUCGUGAACGCACUCCAUGCCGCCAUUCUAUUCUGCAGGUUGCCACCAGAUCCCGCCAAGAUGACCUCGAGUGUGAUGAUGGUCGGAGUGAGCUCCGUCAAGCCCCUCUCGGCGCCGGGCGUAACUCCCUUGUGGGGACCGGAUAUCAGGUUUUCGAUGUAUGAAAACCUGUGUGGGCAAGCUGGACGAGAUGCGGAAACAGAUGAGACAGACUUGAAAGGGUUUUUCUCUGAAAUACAGAGUAACCCGGAUCUGCUAGAUGAUCCUGCCACAGAACUACGUAUCAUGUCCGAGCUGUGCAAUUUGAUCAACGCUCAUAUGUCUCGCGACGGCAAAGAGAACGACGACAUGGCCAACAUUGCGAUUGACUCGUUGAUGUCGAUCGAGAUUCGGAAUUGGUUUCGCCGGCAACUCGGAAUGGAAAUCAGUCUGACUGAGAUUUCGAAGGCGGGCACGGUUGGAGGGCUCAGUCGCGUGUGCGUGGCUACACUCAAAGAGAGGUAUUCUGUGCCGAUUAAAGACACAGAAAGUAUCGAGAAAUAG